UUCAUGCCACGAAGACUCGAAGAGAGACUUCGAUUCUCGCCUUUUCACCGGACACUUGCGCUGCCCUCCGCCCUUCCCUGCUAUUAAUAAUAGGGCGGUUCCUCGUCCCUAUUCGAUUCUAGCCUCUCCUCUUCGUCGUACGAAACUCCCAGGCGGCACCACGGCGCUCGUCCGUCGUCGAGCAGCGGCGGAGCACGAGAAGAAGAUGGCGGCGACGGCGGCGAAACCGCCCUGCAAGCCCGCUUCCUACUUCUGGUUCUCCUCCUCCUUCUGCCUCCUCCUCUUCGUCUCGGCUUCCCUCGCGCAGAGCGACCUCGACGUGCUCCGGCAGCUCAGGGCCGCCCUGGCCGCGCCCAACUCGACCGCCCUCCACGACUGGGUCGGCCCCUCCUCCUCCUCCUCAUCCUCCUCGUCGCCGCCGCCCUUUCCGCAUUGCUCCUUCACCGGGGUCACGUGCGACGCCGGCUCCCGGGUCGUGUCUCUCAACCUCACUGACGUCCGCCUCUUCGGCCGCGUCCCCCGCGAAAUCGGCCUCCUCCGCGACCUCGUCAACCUCACGCUCACCAGCUGCAACCUCUCGGGGACCCUCCCGCCGGAGCUCGGCAACCUGACCGAGCUCGAAGUCCUCGACGUGUACGACAACAACUUCACGGCCCAGCUGCCGCCGGAGGUGGUGGGGCUGAAGAAGCUGAAGUGGCUCAACCUCGCCGGCAAUUACUUCUUCGGCGUGAUACCGGAGGUUUACUCGGAGAUGGAGAGCCUGGAGUACCUGGGGCUGCAGGCGAACCAGCUGAGCGGCAGAGUCCCGGCGAGCCUCGCGAAGCUGAAGAACCUCCAGUGGCUCUACCUGGGCUACUUCAACACGUACGAUGGCGAGAUUCCGGCGGAGUUCGGGUCUAUGAAAGAGCUCAGACGCCUCGACUUGGCGAGCUGCGGCCUCUCCGGCGAGAUUCCGGUGAGCCUGAGCGAGCUAAAGAAGUUAGACUCUCUGUUCCUCCAGUGGAACAACCUCAUGGGCGUUAUCCCCCCCGAGCUCUCGAAGAUGUUGAGCCUCAUGUCCCUCGACCUCUCCAACAAUUACCUCACUGGAGUGAUUCCGGCGACCUUCGCCGAACUCAAGAACCUGACUCUGCUCAACCUGUUCGCGAACCACCUGGAAGGCCAGAUCCCCGAGUUCGUGGGCGAGCUUCCGAACCUGGAGACCCUCCAGGUUUGGGGCAACAACUUCACGAUGAUGUUGCCAGCGGGCCUAGGGAGGAACGGGAGGCUGCUAUACGUCGACGUCACGCAGAACCACUUCACCGGCACGAUCCCUCGGGAAUUGUGCCGGGGAGGGAGGCUCAAGACUCUGAUCCUGACCAACAACUCGUUCUUUGGGCCCAUCCCUGAUGAAUUCGGGGAGUGCAAGUCGCUGACCAAAGUCCGAGUCGGCAAGAACUUUCUCGACGGGACGAUUCCUCGGGGGAUCUUCAACCUGCCGCAAGCAACUAUAAUCGAGCUUAACGACAAUCUCUUCUCCGGCGAGCUCCCGGCGCAGAUGUCCGGCGAGAACUUGGUCAUCCUGUCGCUCUCGAACAACCGGAUUUCCGGUGAGAUCCCUCCGGCGAUUGGCAACUUCAGCGGCCUGCGUACUCUGUUACUGGACGCGAACAGGUUCUCCGGCAAGAUUCCCAGCGAGCUUUUCUCGCCGAGGUUCCUACUGAGGGUGAACAUCAGCGGGAACAGCAUCAGCGGCAGGAUUCCUGGUUCGGUCACUGGGUGCACUUCUCUGGCAGCCCUUGAUUUGAGCAGGAACAAUCUCGCUGGCGAGAUUCCGAACGGCUUGUCUAGCCUGAAAGUGUUGGCCGUCCUCAAUCUGUCGAGCAACAGAUUGACCGGUCCAGUUCCAAAGGAAAUUGGCAUCAUGACCAGCCUCAAUACGCUCGAUUUGUCCUUCAACGAUCUCUCCGGCGAAGUCCCCCACGAAGGCCAGUUCCUCGUCUUCAAGAACUCCUCCUUCGCCGGAAACCAGAAACUCUGCUCGCCAGGCCGCUUCUCUUGCCCUUCGCGGUCAAGUGCCUCGCGCACUUCCUCGAGGGUUGUGAUCACGGCAAUCUCACUCGUGACCGCGGCGCUGCUCAUCACCGUCACGGUCUACCAGGUCCUGAAGAGGAGGCGGCAGGGCUCGAGAGCCUGGAAGCUCACUGCCUUCCAGAAGCUCGGCUUCAAGGCCGAGGACGUGCUCAAGUGCCUGGAGGAGGAGAAUAUCAUCGGCAAAGGUGGCGCGGGGAUCGUCUACCGCGGGUCGAUGCCCAACGGGACGGACGUCGCCAUCAAGCAGCUGGCGGGACGGGGCGGCAACGGGCUCAGCGACCACGGCUUCUCCGCGGAGAUUCAGACCCUCGGUCGGAUCCGGCACCGGAACAUCGUGAGGCUCCUCGGAUACCUCUCCAACAAGGACACCAACCUGUUGCUGUACGAGUACAUGCCCAAUGGGAGCUUAGGGGAGCUGUUGCAUGGUUCGAAAGGCGGCCACUUGCAGUGGGAGACGCGGUAUCGGAUCGCCGUGGAGGCCGCGAAGGGGCUGUGCUACCUCCACCACGAUUGCUUGCCGCUGAUAAUUCAUCGAGACGUGAAGUCGAACAACAUUCUGCUGGAUUCGGACUUCGAGGCGCACGUCGCUGAUUUCGGGCUGGCCAAGUUCUUGCAGGACGCCGGCGCAUCGGAGUGCAUGUCGUCCGUGGCCGGUUCCUACGGCUACAUAGCCCCAGAAUACGCCUACACGCUGAAAGUGGACGAGAAGAGCGACGUGUACAGCUUCGGGGUCGUGCUGCUGGAGCUGAUAGCCGGGAGGAAGCCGGUGGGGGAGUUUGGCGACGGCGUGGACAUCGUGAGGUGGGUGAAGACCGUGUCGGACCCCCUCCCGCAGCCGCCGUCGGACGCGGCCUUGGUGCUGGCCGUGAUCGACCGCAGGCUGGGCGGGUACCCCAUCGCGAGCGUGAUCCACCUCUUCAAGAUCGCGUGCCGGUGCGUCGAGGAGGAGAGUUCCGAGAGGCCCACCAUGAGAGAAGUCGUCCACAUGCUGACAAACCCGCCUCUGUCCGCCACCACCUUCGCCGUCGGCGCCACCCCGGACCUCAUCAAACUGUAGGGGCUCUCCUCUCUUUUCUCAGUAAAAUAAAAGCUUAUAGUGCUUUGCAAAUGAUCGUGGCCAGAAGAGGCUUUGUAUGGGUGAAUGUAAAAUUAUCGUGUAAUAAACUUGUCUGUGCAAGUGGUCGUGAAUGUAUCUCCCUUCUGUGGUGGUUCAAUGUAAAAAAGGUUAAGUAUCUCGAAAAACUGGCUACUAUAAACUCGUCGAUCCGAUUCGGCACU